AUGGAUAUCGAUCCCAAGCUUCGCAGCUCUGGCAACAACGCGGCCAAUGGAGCUUCAGUGACGACACCGUCGACAAACGCGGCCGACCAGAACGCGACGAGUAGCAAUACCCAGGGUGGCCGUGGUACUAUCAAUGCACCGAGUCCCGGCAGCCAACAUCAACCACCACAGCUACAAGCGCAUCCACAUUAUCACCCCAACUCCCAGACCCAUCUUCCAUCCGGUCAACCAGACCACAGCUCCCAACUUCGAUCUGCUACUGUAAGUCAGACGAACUCUCCAGCACAGUCUCAGUUGCAGUAUCAGUUGCAGACACCGCACAAUCGACCAGACUCGAAAGCAUCCGUAACAUCGCAAGCGACCGCUCAUAACCCGCCGUCCUUCUCUUCGAUCCCGCCGCAAUCUCCAACCUCCUCCGUCGAUUACAGUCACGACUCCUCCGCUGCCCCCGGCACUGCGACGGCCCAUGAUACGCCUGCCGAUGUCCCAUCGCCUGGUGUUGAUGGCGGAGAAAGAGGUCCCAACGGGGAACCCAAGAAGCCCCGGGCUUGCGAAAGUUGCCGCGGUCUGAAGGUCCGAUGCGAGCCGAACCCCGCGAAUCCGAACGGGGAUUGCAAACGCUGCGCAAAAGCUAAGCGACCCUGCGUCAUCACCGAACCUUCGCGCAAGCGUCAGAAAAAGGCAGAUAAUCGGGUGGCGGAGCUGGAAAAGAAGAUCGAUGCCCUGACGGCGACAUUGCAAAACGUACGCGGUGGCACGAAUCCCUUGCCUCUGGCAUCCCCGUCCGUCUCCCCAGCGACUACUGGGCCUGAUGCACAAGCGGUGCCGAGGUAUACAACAGCGACUCCUUAUGAUCCCAACAAUGGCUAUGGGUCUGGAAGAGGGACAUCUAUAAGUCAACCGCCUUCCGCAACAAGGGAUUGGCCUGGUCCACCGAGAGAACAACAACCUGCGUCAGGACGCCAACAGACACCGUCACGAGCCUGGCCUGGCUACGGCGAAAUGGAUCGCGAUAAUAACCCAUACCCAACGCCGACUAUGGCCCCUGGGGGGCUGAAACGGAAGCAUGGUGCCGACGAUCGGGAGCGAGCUAGUCAGGAUCCGCGAGAUAAUAACUUCUCUAUACCGCGACUGCCAGCACGACAACCUGAUAUUGUUGACCGAAAUGUCAUCAGCAUGGCUCAGGCAUCUGCAUUCUUCGAGCGAUAUAACAAGCAUAUGGUGCCACAUCUGCCAGGUGUCGUUUUCCCCGCCGAUAUGACGGCAGAUGAGCUCAGGAGAUCGCACCCGAUCCUUUUCCACGCCGUCAUGGCUGCUGCCGCGGGGGAAAUACCCUCUGUGCAAAAGAUCUUGACGAACGAGUUGAUGAAACGCUUUGCGGAAGAGGUCAUGGUGACUGGAAACAAGAGUCUCGAGCUUGUUCAGGCAAUCCAGGUGGCUACCAUAUGGUACUGGCCACCCGAACGCUUUGAGGAACUCAAGUUCUACCAGUUGCUUCACAUCGCCGCUGUCAUGGCCAUCGAUCUUGGCCUGGGAAGGAAAAGACAGCCAAGGGGCGGAUUGAGGAACGGCAUGCCCACCACCAUACGUGACAAGAUCAUGUACAAGCCACCUCCUCCGGAUCCUACGUCAAUCGAGUCCAGACGGGCGUGGUUGACGUGUUAUUUUCUGGCAACCAAUACUUCCAUGGCACUCCACCGCCCGAAUCUCAUCCGCUGGUCUUCUUUUAUGGAAGAAAGUGUCAGCAUACUGGAGACCUCGCCUGAAGCAGCGCCAACGGACAAAUAUUUGUGUCAUUUGAUAUGGACGCACAGGCUAGCAGAAGAGGUUGGCAUCAAUUUUUUCGAUGACCAUAACUCUGGCUCUAGCAUCACGAUCCCGAGGACACAGCAUUUACUGAGCUAUUUCGAGCACAAACUAGACGAGUACCAAAGGUCACUCCCGGACGACAUGCGGCAGCCGUCGCUCAUGUUAAGCUUUCACGUUCUUGAUCUGUACAUGCACGAGAUCGUCUGGCAGAACGAGAGCCCGGACGACGUCAAAGGACCUAACACGUCCAUUGACGGCCAAACAGCCUGGCUGGACGGUAACUUGACGCCUGCCCACGUCAAAGCGCUGAGCGCAACUCUGGAAGCCAUCAAGCACAUAUUUGAAAUCUUCCUCAACAUGGAGAUUCAUAGCAUACGCUGCCUGCCUGCUUUCAGCUUUGUGCGCAUCGCCUACGCCGUGGUCAUCUUAAUCAGAAUUCAUUUGUCUGUGAUUUCGCCCAAGACUGAGCUUGGCAAAGUCAUGAAGAAGGAGGACAUAGAGGUUGAGAAGUGGAUCGAAAAACUAUUGGAGAAGUUUAAGGUUACUAUGGCGGAAGACAAGAACAGACCAGCCGCCAAGUUCUUCUUCGUUCUCGGGAUGCUUAGACAGUGGUUUCAAGCGCAGAAACAGCCCGCCCGGCCUAAAGGGUCGAGCACCUCCCGUACUGAGGCUGGUCCUUCCGGAGCGGCAGCAUCGGGUACCUCUACCGAGUCAUCAACUACGCCUUCAUUUGGUAGCAACCAAACGCCACGAAAAGACAAUGCCGGCGACAAGAACCUCGCUACCACCGCCUCCGGGACUUUACGAUCAAAUCAAGCACAUAAGCAACAGCAGCAACAGCAACCAAACGCCUCCAACUACCCAACCACAGCAGACACACCUCUCCAUCUCCUCUCCGAGGUCGCAACGCACGAAUCAUCAACCGUCCCAACCUCCAGCUCCAGUUCCGGUCCUGCUCCUCCUCCUCCUCCCGGAGGAAAACCCACCGUCACAACAGGUCCAGGUCCAUCGCCUAGUCAACACACCGCCCACAUGCCCAACAACGCAAACAUCAUCCUCUCGGCCCCCAUCAGCGCCUCACCCAACGAUGCUUCUGUGGCGUGGAAUCUCCAUCGCUCACAGCAGCCUGCCCAACAUUCGCCAUUUAAUAUGUCAGGCGCUAGUCCCGCCACGACAGUUCCAGAUAUGAACCAGCAGGCCCUUGGCUCUCAGGACCCACUCCCAUGGUUCAGCCAAGCGUUCAUGCCCGAAUUUGAGCCGGUCAACUUUGGCGAUGGGUUCGAGCAAGCUAUGGACCUGACGCUCGGCGGAGUGGUGGGCGAUGAGUUUGAUGUGAUGGCGUUGGGUAUGGGGUUGGGUAUGGGUAUGGGCAUGGGCGGUGAAAUGGACAUGGGUGGGGGCGCGGGUGGGGGGUUUGAUGGCGGUUUGGGGGCUGCUGGGUUUGGAGGGGGAGGGAGGGAGGUGUAUAGUUAUGGUCAGGGCUGGUACGGGGGUGAUCAGCAGCAGCAGCAGAAUGAUAGGAGCCAAACAGGUGGCGGCGGCGGCGGUGGUGCUGGUGCUGGGCAUGGACAGCAGGGACAGCAACAGCAGCAGCAGCAGCACGCUGGACAUGGUGGACAUGGUGGACAUCAUCAUGCUGGGGAAUGA